AUGCACUCGUUUGGGAAUGAACGAUUUCGAAGUGAAUAUUCACGAUGUCUGGGCCAACAACCUGGAAGAAGUGAGCGUAGAGCAUUGUCUUCGCAUUUCAUUCUAAAUAUUUUCUAUAUUGUAAAAAAUUACCCCUACGUUGCAAUGGAUACGGAGUUUCCAGGUGUAGUUGCAACUCCGUUAGGGCAGUUCAAAAGUAAGGAGGACUUCAAUUAUCAACAGGUUUCUUGCAAUGUGAAUAUGCUGAAACUUAUUCAAGUUGGAUUUGCACUCCUGGACAAGGAUGGAAAUAUGCCACCUACUGGUGAUGUUUGGCAAUUCAACUUCCAAUUUUCUCUGAGUGAUGAUAUGUACUCUCAAGAUAGCGUAGACUUGCUGCGUAAUGCUGGCAUUGAUUUUGGACGCCAUCAAGUUGAGGGAAUACGGAUGGCCGAUUUUGGUGAACUACUUACUACUUCAGGCCUCAUUGUUGAUGAACACAUCACGUGGUUAACAUUUCAUAGUGGCUAUGAUUUUGGUUACCUCAUGCGUUCUAUUUUGCUUUCUGAAUUACCUAAAGAAGAGUCGCAGUUUUUCCAAUAUCAUCGGAAACUUUUUCCAUGUAGUUAUGACUUGAAAAUGUUGUUGAAACAUCCUGGUUUAAUGAAUGCAAAAUUGAGAGGCGGUCUGCAAGAGCUUGCUGAUCACUUACAAGUGGUACGUAAAGGACAACAACAUCAAGCAGGUUCUGAUUCAUUACUUACCGCUCAAACGUUUUUUAAAAUCAAAGAGCGAUUUUUUGGAGACUCCUGGAAUCAGAUCGCGCCGACUGUUGAAGGACAUUUGUACGGUCUCGGUAAUACGCUGUCGUUGAGCGCACCAUUUGUGCAGAUUGCAGAAUUACCAUCUACUCCCGAGCCACAGCAAUCAACACCAGAAGCGACAUCAUAG